AUGGCCUCCGGGGCCAGCGUGAGCGCCCUGCAGCGCCUGGUGGAGCAGCUCAAGUUGGUGGCCGGCGUGGAGCGCAUCAAGGUCUCUCAGGCGGCCGCAGAGCUUCAGCAGUACUGCACGCAGAAUGCCUGCAAGGAUGCCCUGCUGGUGGGUGUUCCAGCUGGAAGCAACCCCUUCCGGGAGCCCAGAUCCUGUGCUUUACUCUAGGGAAGAAGUUCUCUGAGGAAUGCCUUCAAGUACAAAGUGAUGAAUGACUGCCUCCAAGUCUCAAGAAAACACUUUCCCCAGCCAAUGACUUUUAGAUAUUUUAGUCCUUUCCGGUGGCCAGGUCCCAUAGCCAAAAUCCCACAGGAAUUGAUGAGUUUCUACUACAAAUAAAGAAACUGAGUGAAGGAGUAGAGUUUUAAAUAAUAAUAGCCUGAAUUUUUUUGUGAAGUACUUUAUACUUAAGAAAAAACCUUACCACUAGAUAUACCAAACAGACAUCUUUCAUAAGUAAAUUACUGCUGUUGCUAUGCCUGGAAUAUUAGGUCUAUUUUAUUUACUGGAUGUUUACAUUUUAGGAAGGAAAACAUUUUAUUUGUUAAAAAAAAAAAAUCCAAUAUUUGUAAUGGUUUUUCCUGACAAGGAUUUUUAUAUCAUAACAAAAUUUACUCUUUUCUCAUGAAUUUACAAUUUCUAAAUGAACAAGAAAGUUACAAUUGGGGGAGAAGAAUAGGCUUUACAAAUCAAAAGAUGUCUUGAUUUUUCUAAAUGAGAAGAUUGUUUUGUUUUUAACACUAAACAUGAGAGCUGUUUCUUAGCAAACUUGUUUGGAAAGAUGAACGUUGUGUUUUAGUUUGCCCCUGUCUAAGAAGCAGAAUCAGCCUUUGUAUUCUUAUGUUCGUCUACUUUGUAAUUGUAUGUGAAAAAAAAUUUUACAUUAUUUCAUGUCCUUAAACACAUUUAAAAUGUGACCUACAGAACUUUGUAAAUGGUUAAAAAUAACAUAAUUUGAAAAUAUUACAACUUAAAAGAAUUCAUAAUGACACUAGUACUUUACUUUAUGAUGUGCCUUUGAUUUAAUUGGAACACUUUUAGAAGGAUACAUUAUUUGUGUUUGUAAUAAUCUUUGAAGAGCUUAGAAAUAAAAUUUCUACAUAA